AUGACUAAAAGAAAUAUCUUCUUGGUGGGAUCCCCUCUUUCAAGCAGUCUAAAUUGGGACAACGACGACCUUCUCAACAACGCUAUACACCCCUUCGAGGAAACUCAUCCAUAUCGUCGGUUAACUGUAGAGGAAUCUUACCGGGCCAAAUGGAGAGCACUGCCAUCAAUCCACGAUCUCAAUGUUCCCUACCAGGAGCAUGUGAACCCGUUAUUUCUCGUCUCCGAUCAGCUGGAUGUUGCACCAGAUUCCGAUCUCUCGAAAUUCUACCGGCAUUCUUUUCUGGUCCAUGAAACCUCCGAGGUGUCUGCUUCAGAGUUAGAGAUAGCAGACUCGACGCAAGAGAGCAGUUUGGGGGAGGACAGUGUGACUACGUCUACGUAUGACAACGAAGUCCCGAGGUCACCACGCAUACUUCACAUCCCUGGACCCCUCCGCGAUCUGCACGACCUUCCUACGGCGAAGUACAUCCAGUCCAUUGCACCACAAACCAUGACUGUGAACCUGACCGUGGGGGUCCUGGCUGCUCAUCCCCCACGCCGCGUGGUUACACGGCAAUGGAAAAUCGAAUUGGACAUUAUCGAGCUCGUCGUUGCCGAUGAGACAAGGACUGGAUUUGGAGUCAACUUUUGGAUCAAACCUGGUAACUCAUCCACCAAUGCCAACAGUGAAACAGAGCUGGCUCGAUCACUGGCAGGCCUUCGUCCCCGCGAUAUUGUCCUACUGCGUCAUGUUGGACUGAGCACAUUCCAAAGCCAGGUGUACGGACAAAGUCUGCGAGGGGUGACUACUGUUGAGCUCUUACACCGCGAAGCAGUUGAUGUGACGGAUGCAGUAGGAUUCUAUGAGAGCAUCCAGAGUAACGUUCAGGAUGCUGCACUACAAAAGACUCGCAGAGUACGAGAGUGGAUGCUUCGAUUCGUGACGGAUGCGGCAGGCGGUGGAAUGCUUGGAACACGUGGGCGACUGCCUCCGGACACACAGUAA